AUGAAUAGAAAUAGAGAACUAAACCAAUAUAGAACACCAAAGCAAAGGGGAUUGUUAUUUAGACAGUUAUUUGGGAAUGCCCAAUACCCUAUCUUUACUUGGGCGUCUGCAGCAAUUAUGGUAGGUGUAUUCAUCUACGAGAUCAUCAGAAAUCAUCAGUUAUCUGGUAGUUGGAUUCAAACGAAUCCUUUUAAUCCAAUGAUUGGGCCAAAUUAUAUGGCCCUUGUAACUAUGGGAAGUAAAUUCGUGCCUUGUAUGAGAGCAAUAACACAAUACUCCCCAACAACUUUACUAGGAAACUGUUAUUCAUCUUUAGAAGCUACUUGCACAAUAGAACAAGUAUGUGGAUUUGGUGAAUUUCAUGGAGAAGAACCUCAUCAAAGCUUUAGGUUUUUUACACCAAUAUUUCUACAUGCAGGCGUUAUCCAUAUUUUGAUGAAUUUAAUCACUCACUUUCAAAUAGGUAGUGAUGCUGAAAGGGAUUUGGGUUUAAUAAGAUAUAUGAUUUUAUAUCUUUCAUCAGGUAUAUGGGGAUUCAUCCUGAGUGGUGUAUUGGCUGGCACAACUAUUUCAUCAAUGGGAUGUUCAGGUGCUUUAUUUGGGCUCGUAGGAUAUACUGUAGUUGACUUGAUUAUGAGUUGGAAGCAAGUUACAAAACCUGGACGUGAACUUGUAAAGUUAUUGCUCGUUAUAAUAAUAUCAUUAGUAUUAGGACUAUUACCAGGCCUUGACAAUUUUGCUCAUAUCGGUGGGCUUAUAAUGGGUCUAUUAGUCUCUACCUUACUUAAGAGCAAACAUCAAUAUGCUUCUCGUUAUUCUAUGAUUAUUACAUGGAUUGUCAGAAUCGUAUCUUUCAUAUUAAUUAUUGUAUUAUUCGUCGUAUUUUUACGUAUAUUUUACACUGCUACUGAUUUAUCUACUGUUUGUCCUGGUUGUAAAUAUCUUUCAUGUCUUCCCGUUAAUGGUUGGUGUGAUAUAUAAAAUUAUUAUUUAUUCUUUUUGUUUUGGUAUACAUAUAAAAAAGAUACUUUAAUUUGUUUCCAAUUUCUUUAAAUGAUUAUAUUUUGGUAAAACUUCUCGUAAAUAGUCUAAAUGUCUUGUGUGAAGUAUUGCUUGUUCCUACACGUUAUAAUAUAUUAACUAUAAAUUUUAUAUCAUCAAACUAUUUCACAUUACCGGUAAUGGCUGACUUUGUGUUCUUCUUUUUGAUUCAGCCCCAUAUAUAACAGUUAAAUCAGGUAUUGUUUCAUUACUUUCCGUUGAGCAACCUGCACCAAAGACACAAUAGUUUCCAACUGCUGUACUACCUAAAAUACGAGAUCUUGCUUCCAUAAUAUUAUUGUUACCGAUACGUGUACCUU